AUGGCGGAAAUAGUGUACCCGCAAGGCUGCCGUCCUAUUACCGAUGACCUAGGACCAGACGAGCUUGUGAGAAGACUUAAGGCUCUAGCACACACACUUCAAGGUCUCGGUCAAGAUGAGGGCAUGUACCAACAGUACAUACCCCUGGCCUUGCACCUCGCGGACGAGUUCUUCCUCAGUCAUCCGUCCCGUGAUGUACAACUCCUGAUAGCCUGCUGUAUAGCUGAUGUUCUCAGGGUGUACGCGCCGGAGGCUCCAUACAAAGACCAGGAACAGGUGAAAACCAUAUUCCUGUUCCUAAUAAAUCAACUACAGGGUCUUCGUGACCCCAAAGACCCGGCCUUCAAACGUUACUUCUACCUACUGGAGAACUUGGCUUACGUUAAAUCAUUCAACAUGUGCUUCGAACUAGAAGACUGUCAGGAAAUAUUCUGCGCUUUAUUCUCACUUAUGUUUAAAAUUGUCAAUACGGAACACUCUUCGAAAGUGAAAUCUUUCAUGCUUGACGUUCUCUGUCCUCUCAUCACUGAAUCAGACGUAGUGUCCAAUGAACUCCUCAAUGUAAUACUAUUGAACCUGGUGGAACCAAACAAAAGGGAACACAAACACGCUUACACACUAGCCAAGGAACUUAUUAUAAAGACAAGCGAAACGCUGGAACCUUAUAUACAAGCUUUCUUUAACCACGUCCUGAUUUUGGGUAAAGAAGAGAAAAAUCUUCUAAUAUUUUCCAAAGUGUACGAAUUAAUAUACGAGUUGAAUCAGUGCUGCCCGUCUGUUUUGCUGUCCGUGCUGCCACAGUUGGAAUGUAAAUUAAAAUCAGCACAAUUCCACGAGCGUUUAUCAGCGGUUGCUCUGCUCGCUAGAAUGUUUUCCGAGCCGGGGUCGGAGCUAGCCAAGCAAUAUCCGGCUUUAUGGCGAGCGUUUUUAGGUAGAUUCAACGAUAUAUCGGAUCAGAUAAGGAUAAAAUGCGUACAAUACUGUAUGCACUUCCUGGUGCAUCAUCCGGACUUGAGGAAAGAUAUCACGGAUACAUUGAAGAUGAGACAGCAUGACGCGCAGGAACAAGUCCGCUAUGAAGUCGUCAUGGCUAUUAUAGCGACCGCACAAAGAGAUUUCAAAGCGGUCGCAGCCUCCGAAGAUUUAUUGCAUUUCGUCCGCGAGAGGACUUUAGAUAAGAAGUUCAAGAUACGCAAAGAAGCUAUGUCCGGUUUAGCUAUGAUAUAUAAGAAGUUUUUAACAGAAGAAUCUGUCCCUCCCGCCACGGAGAAGGCUGUGCAGUGGAUAAAGGAUAAAAUAUUACACGGUUACUACAUGACGGCUUUAGAAGACAGGUUAUUAGUAGAAAGAUUAUUGAACACGUCACUAGUACCAUACACACUGCCGCCAACGGUUAGAAUGAAGAAGUUAUACUAUCUAAUGUCGAAUGUAGACGAUAACGCCACUAAAGCAUUCAUAGAACUGCAAAAACAUCAGCUAGCUGUGAGACGUACUGUAGCUGAGUGGGUCGACUUACACAGAAAACCUCCCACACCGGCGGUACAGAAGGAAAUGAUCUCUAAAGUGUUACACAUAAGCUCCAAAUUCCUACCAGAGUCAGUCAAAGCUCAGGAGUUCUUGAAUAAAUUCUCGAAUCAUAUGAAAAAAGCACCGGAGUUAUUGCAAGGGAUGGAGACGAUAUUGAAUCCUAAUGUCAGCUGCGAAGUUUGUGUUCGCACUACUUCAAGUGUCUUAAAGAAAUUGGGUCAGCCAGUCAUGACAAAUCUAUAUUACAAUACAGUCAAAAUGUUGUUGGAACGAGUUAGUUCAGUCAUGGUUGACCACGAGUCACUGCUCAUACUAGUUGGAUAUGUAGAGGGCGCUGUGAGAGGGAACGACCCAUCGAUAGCAGAGGAAUGCUGUAUCGAUCUAAAGAAGGCUGCAGAGCGCGGCCUAAAGCUGCUCGUUAUGUUGUCGUUCGUGUUCCCCGCUCACUUCCUGCACGAGGACGUGCUGCAUCGACUCACGGGGCUGUUGGAGCUAGAUGAGGAGAAUGUAGCGCCUCACGUGCUAGCCGCGCUCACCUUCCUCGGGAAAUAUAGACCGCUGAGCGAGGCAUGUCCAGCGUUGUUCCCGAAACUUAUAACGCUAUGCAAAGCUUAUGCGGAGGUCGGUACGCCGAAACAAGCCAAAAAUGCAGUCAGAUGCCUUUUCGUCAACGUCCCUGAUCAAAGAUCCCAAAUUUUCACGGAUAUACUAGAAACAUUGAAAACUACAUUAAGUCCCCACUCGGAACAUUACCGCACGGCCAUCGUAACACUCGGACACAUAGCACACAACUUACCAGAUAACUUCCCUGUGCAAAUAAAAAAUAUUGUAUCUAGGAAGAUAGUAAAAGAGCUGUUAGUGCGUGAAGGCGGCGGCGGAGCCAACGCUCCGGAAGGCGACUGGUGUCCGGAGGAAGAUCUGCCUGAGGAGACUCGCUGCAAGCUGGAGGGUCUGAAGUGUAUGGCUCGCUGGCUACUGGGUCUGAAGAGGGACGAGCUGUCCGCGCAGAAGACCUUCAGGAUGCUGAACGCGUUCAUAGUACAUAAGGGAGAUCUGCUACAGCAGAAACAGUUGUCCGGAGCUGAGAUGGCUCAUCUUAGACUAGCUGCGGGUGCUGCCAUGUUAAAGAUAUGUGAACAGAAGGGUGUUGGAGACCAGUUUACAGCGGACCAGUUCUAUAACUUGUCACAUCUCAUGGUGGAUAGUGUACCACAAGUUAGAGAGGCAUUUGCAGCUAAACUUCACAAAGGAUUGUCAAAAGUAAGGAUUAUCACAACAUACAUUGUUUAA